AUGACUAAGAAGAGAACCACCAAAAAUGAAGUGGUAAAUGUGACUCACCGGGUUAGUUCCAUCAUUGCAACAUCCACCGUCCAAAAGAAAGAAGACCCGGGAGCCUUCACCAUUCCUUGUACCAUUGGAGCACAUGAUUUUGCAAGAGCCCUUUGUGAUAAUGGGGCUAGCAUCAACUUGAUGCCUCUUGCCAUUUACAAGGGAGAAGGAUUAGGUAUGCCAAAGCCCACAAGUAUGAGACUGCAAAUGGCCGAUCGUUCCAUCAAACGAACGGUGGGAAUUUUUGAUGAUGUACUUGUGAAGGUGGGAAAAUUUCAUUUACUCGCCGACUUCGUAAUCCUUAAUUGUGAGGUUGACAAAGAGAUCCCUAUCAUUUUGGGGAGACCAUUCCUUGCCACUGGAAGAGCACUAAUGGAUUCGGAACGGAAUGAGAUCAAAUUCCGUGUGAAUGAUGAAGAGGUUACAUUCCAAGCAAGCAAAGGUAUGAAACUACCGCAUGAGUAUGAAAGCAUCUCGGUGAUCGAUGUUGUUGAUGAAGUAGAGGAUGCGGUUGAAAUGAAAAUGGAAGAACAAUGCCUCGGCGAGGCAUUGGCGGCUAUUUUGGUGAACUUUGAUGGUGAAGAUAUGGAGGGGUAUAUGGAAUCGGUAAAUGCAUUGGAGGGGCUUGGGUCCUACACUUAUGCUCCGGCAAAGCUCUCUCUCGACUUGGAGAAUAGAGCUACUCCACCCGCAAAGCCUUCCAUCAUCGAACCUCUGCAACUAGAGCUCAAACCACUUCCACCACACUUGAGGUAUAAAUUUCUUGGCUCAAAUGAUACUUUACCGGUAAUAGUUUCUUCUUUGUUGAAUGAUGUGCAAGUAGAACAAUUGUUGGAAGUCUUGAAGGAGCAUAGGCAAGCCAUCGGAUGGACAAUCGUGGACAUCCGUGGGAUUCCCGUGGGAAUUUAUGAGCACAAAAUCCAAUUGGAGAGUGAAACGAAACCAACAUUGGAGGAUCAAGAGAAGACGACAUUCACUUGCCCCUAUGGAACUUUUGCCUUUAGCCGGAUGCCAUUUGGUUUAUGCAACGCUCCGGCUACUUUUCAAAGAUGCAUGAUGUCCAUUUUCUCCGACAUGGUAGAGGAUUUUCUAGAAGUCUUCAUGGACGACUUCUCGGUGGUAGGUGAUUCUUUUGAGCAUUGUCUUAACAAUCUUAGACAAGUGCUUAAGAGAUGUGAAGAGACCAACCUUGUGCUCAAUUGGGAGAAAUGUCACUUCAUGGUGGAUGAAGGCAUUGUUUUCUUGGGGCAUGCCGGGUUCUAUAGGCGCUUCAUCAAGGAUUUUUCCAAGAUUGCAAAUCCUAUGUGCAAACUCCUUGAGAAAGACGCCAAAUUUGUGUUUGACGAGAAAUGCCUCAAAGCCUUUGAGGAAUUGAAGCAAAGGCUCACCACGACACCUAUUAUUGUCACACCCGAUUGGUCUCUUCCUUUCGAGCUCAUGUGUGACGCCAGUGGUGUAGCUAUUGGAGCAAUGCUUGGCCAACACACUCAAUGGGCGCAAAUGAAUUACACGGUAACUGAGCAAGAACUUCUUGCCAUUGUCUAUGACUUUGAGAAGUUCCGGGCUUAUUUGUUAGGAUCCAAGGUGAUAGUGUACACAGAUCAUGUCGCUCUUCGCUAUCUCAUGGCAAAGAAGGAUGCAAAGCCUCGGUUGAUUCGAUGGGUCUUGUUGUUGCAAGAAUUUGACUUCGAGGUCAAGGAUCGCAAGGGAACUCAAAAUCAAGUGGCGGAUCAUUUAUCAAGGCUUGAAGAGGCAGGGAGACCAAAGGGAGAUCUUGAAAUCAACGAUGCAUUCCCGGAUGAACACAUAUUGGCACUAUCUAGCACUUUUGCUCCUUGGUAUGCCGAUAUUGCUAACUAUUUGGUUAGUGACCUUAUUCCGGACGGAUUGGAAUCCUAUCAAAAGAAGAAGUUCUUGAGAGACAUCUUCGACGUAUGGGGAAUUGAUUUUAUGGGUCCCUUUGUGAGUUAUUGUGGGAUGAAAUAUAUCUUGGUAGCUCUGGACUAUGUGUCCAAAUGGGUUAAAGUAAUUGCCUUACCAAACAACGAGGCAAGAAGUGUGACUGCAUUCUUGAAGAAAAACAUAUUCACUCGGUUUGGCACUCCUAGGGUCAUUCUUGGUGAUGGUGGGUCUCAUUUCUGUAACAAGGCUUUCACUGGGCUACUAGAGAAGUAUGGUGUAAAGCACAAGGUGGCCACACCUUAUCAUCCCCAAUCUAGUGGUCAAGUUGAGGUUUCCAACCGGGAGAUCAAGAGCAUUCUUGCAAAGAUUGUUAAUGCAAACAGGACCGACUGGUCAAGGAAGCUAGAUGACGCAUUGUGGGCAUACCGUACGGCGUACAAAACUCCUAUUGGUACCUCUCCUUAUAGGUUAGUCUUCGGAAAAGCUUGUCAUCUACCCGUGAAACUGGAGCACAAGGCCAUGUGGGCUUUAAAGAGGUUGAACUUGGACUGGGCUGAAGCUGCAAAUUUGAGGCUAACACAACUCAAUAAAAUGGAGGAAUUCCGUUUCCAUGCUUAUGGAAGUGCAGCUGUGUACAAAGAAAGGAUGAAGUUCGUCCAUGACAAGAAGAUCUUGAAAAGGGAGUUCAAGUCGGGUGACUUGGUUUUGCUCUAUAACUCAAGGCUCAAAUUGUUUCCGGGCAAGCUCAAAUCAAAAUGGUCCGGUCCAUUCAAAGUGGUCAAUGUCUCUCCUUUUGGAGCUGUGAAACUAGCAUCGGAAGAUGGGCUCCGUACAUUCAAAGUCAAUGGCCAAUGA